AUGCUCCUCGGUGGGCUCGUCGGCCUGCUGCUGGCCGCGAGCAGCGCCUGCAGCUCUGCGUCGCCGCCCGUCACAGCCCGCAUCGAGACGGCCUGGCCAGCUCCAGAUCUCGUCACCCAGUACCUCGAGACGGUCGAGCUCGAAGCGCCCGGAGCGCUGUUUCCCCUCAUCGCCUUCCUCGCGUCGCACCCCCACUCGACCAAGUUCCUGCGCGACCCGCUCCCGCCCUUGUCCCAGCACCGCGCCCAGCGCUUCGCCAAUGCCGGCACCAACCCGGUCUUUGCCCCCGAGGGCACCCUCACGCCCGCCGACACGUUCGCCCUCCUCGAGGCCAGCACGACGCGCUCGGUACUCGUGCGCGACAAGGGCGUCCGCGACGGCAUCCGUCUCGCGCUCGCCAACCGCGAGACGACCGUCCUCCUCGAGGGCAUGCGGCGCGUCUGGGAGGAGCGCGAGAGCGAGGUCGGCGCGGCGCUCGCAGCCGACGAGGGCGCGCCGGCGAGGGCGGAGCGAGUGCGCGACGACGACGACGACGAGGCGGCGCCGUCGUGCGAGAGCUGGAUCGACGUCAGGGGUGAGAGGGCGUGCAGCGAGGACGAGUUCUGGGACCUCGUCGGGCCCGAGCAGAAGGACAAGUCGACGCCGAUCCAGCUUCCCGACCACCUCGACUCGCACCCUCGACCGCGCCUGUACCCGUUCGACCACGUCACGCCGCGCGUUGCCGCCCUCCCGCGCUUCGUCCUGUAUGGCUCGCCCACCUCGCCUUCCUUCCCUCGACUUUUCACCUUCCUCUUCUCCCUGUCGAACCCCAAGUCGCCGCUUCAGUCGAACCCAAAGGCGCAGCCGCCGUCUGCCCUCACGGGCGCCCCCUCGCCGACGGUCGCGCCGCCAGCCCGGUCGUACUCGCCGAGGCUGCAGCUCGUCCUGCGAUGGAAGCCGAGCACCAAGGCGCAGCUCGAGCAGAAAAAGCUCGUCCUCGGCGGGUACGGCGCCGCGCUCGACAUCAAGAAGAGCGACUACCUCGUCAUCGACGACCGCCUCACGGGCGCGAGCUCGUCGAGCGGCGCCAAGCCGGCGCACGAGGUGCUCGGCAUCGACGGCGGCGCGGCGGCAAAGAUGGAAGCGGUCAAGAAGGCCGACGUCGCAGAGCUCAGCGUCCGCACCGCCCAGUUCAUCCUCGGGUCGGACGACCCGUUCAGCGCCUUUGUCGACCUCACCUCGGCGUUCCCUCGCCUCGCGUCGCACCUCCCUGCGCUCGUUCCCGACCCGUCGCCGCACCUCAUGUCCGAGGUCUCGACCAACCAGAUGUCGUCGCGCCUCGCCAUGCGCCCGCACUUCUUCCUGAACGGCAUCGCCCUGUCGGACGCCGACGCCGACCCGUUCGCGCUCCUGCGCCUCAUGCGCAAGGAGCGCAAGAUCCUCGCCGACCUCGCGGCCCUGAGCCCGCACCUGUCGGGCAGCGACGUGCGCGACCUCCUCAUCAAUGGCGGGCCCAAGGCCAAGGCGUCCGGCGGCAUGCGCGACCGCAUCGACGCCGACGUGCUCGGCGAGCUGUACGACGCGACCGACCGCGACGAGGGCUCGCAGGUCAUCCUGUGGUGGAACGACCUCGAGAAGGACCGCCGCUACCAGUCGUGGCCGACCUCGGUUCGCGAUCUGCUGCGCCCGAGCUACCCCGGCUCGAUGAGCCAGGUCGCCAAGAACCUCAACAACGUCGUCUUCCUCGUCGACCUGUCGCAGCUCGUCUCGCUCGCCCUCAUCACCGAGAACGUCAAGCAGUUUGUGUCGCGCGGGAUCCCGAUCCGGUUCGGCGUCGUGCCGCUCGUGUCGCCGCUCGGCGCCGAGGACGCCAUCGAGACGCACCUCGCCCAGCUCCUGUGGUACCUGACCGACGUCGUCGGUCGCGGUCCCGCCAUGUCGUUCCUCGCGAGCCUGCAGAAGGCCGCCAACGGCCGGCGCGUCACGGUCGAGCUCGCACGUCGCAAGUACGAGCAGGUCGCCGGUCGCCUUCCGCCGAUCGACGGCGGCGAGCUCGCGUCGUACGACGAGGUCCAGAAGGGCGUCGGGCGGUACAAGGCGUCGGCGUCGCACUCGCGGCUCAACAAGGCGCGGCAAUACCUUCGUCGCCUCGGCGUCGCCCUGCCCAACAGCCUCGAGGAGGAGGACGACGACGAGCUCGCCCAGCCCGGCUCCUUCUUCAUGAACGGCGCCUACUUCCCUCUCGACGACGACUUUGGCCAGAACCUGCAGCGCACCCUCGCGCUCCACACCCAGUUCCUCCAGCAGGAGAUCUACCUCCAGUCGCUCACGGACAGCACCGACGCCAAGUCGUUCUUCGCCAACCUGCCGACGACGCACAAGCGCCGCAACCCGUUCGUCUUCCCGUCCGACAGCAACCCGCUCAAGGUCGUCAACCUCGCCAAGGCGUUCGACGGCGUCGACAGGACGUUCACGCACGGCUCCUACAUCGAGGGAGCGUCGGGUGACCUCAACGAGACGACCGGCUACGACAUCGAGGGUCCACCUGCCGUCGCCACCAUGCUCGUCGUCACCGACCUCGACACGCCGACGGGCGCUCAGCUUGCCAAGGCCGCCCUCCAGCUCGCCGACCAGUCGACCAAGAUCCGCGUCUCGUUCCUGCACAACCCGCCGAGCUUCGACGACGUGCCGCACGCCUACGCCCUGUCCAACACGCUGUGGGCGCUGCACAAGAACAAGAAGCUCGACGAGAUCCUGCCCGGCGAGCUCAUCAGCUGGAUCGACCUGUCGAUCUCGUCCGAGGGGCCCGAGGGCGGUGCCGGCCUGUCGUGGCAGCCCGAGAACCCGCUCAAGGAGCUCCUCAAGACCAAGGGCGUCGACAAGGAGCGGGCGUUCGACGCGCUCCUGUGGUGGGAGGAGCUGCAGUGGCUCGUCGCGAAACUCGGUUUCGGACCGGGCGAGAACGGCGUCAUCCUCAACGGUCGCGUCGUUGGCCCGUUCCCGGACGGCAUCUUUGGCCUUCCCGACCUGCGCACCCUCCUCGCGCACGAGCUAGAGAAGCGCAUCGAGCCGGUUGUCGCCGCCUUCAACUCGACCGUCUUUGACCUCAUGCACGCCAGUCGGUCGACCAUCUCGCAAGCCUACAACCUCGCGACCUCGAUCAUCGGCUUUGCGCACCUGCCCGACCCUGCGCAGGGCAUGUUUGGCGGCGGUCCUGUCGAGCGCACGAGGAGCUACAACGCCCUGCUCAGCGACCACAGCUCGGUCAUCGGCAACCUGUCGCGUGGCGCCCUGUUCGAGGUCGCGGUCGUCGUCGACCCUGCGACCGAGCUCGCUCAACGGUGGGCGCCCGUCAUCAAGACGCUCGCCGGGCUCAACACGACCCACGUCCGGCUCUACCUCAACCCGUCGCUCCACGUCACCGAGGUCCCGAUCAAGCGCUUCUACGAAUACGUGUUCGAGCCCGAGCCCCGGUUCGACUCGACGAGCGGCAACGAGAUCGAGCCGAGCAUCCGCUUCGACAACGUCCCCGAGGACGUCCUCGUCACGUUCGGCGUCGACGCGCAAAAGUCGUGGUUCGCCUUCCCCAAGACGAGCGUGCACGACCUCGACAACAUCCGCCUCGCCGACCUGCCUGAGUGGAGCAAGGCCGAGGGCGUCGAAGCGGUCCUCGAGCUCGAGGCGCUCGUCGUCGAGGCGCACGCGCGAGAGCUGCCGUCGAGCAGGCCGCCGCGAGGGCUUCAACUCGAGCUCAAGAGCGGCGUCGAGUCGAGCCCGCACGAGCAACGAGUCGACACGACCGUCAUGGCCAACCUCGGCUACGCCCAGUGGAAGGCCGCUCCCGGCGUUUGGCGACUCGGCAUCCGGCCCGGCAAGGGCGCCGACGUCUACGAGCUCGAGAGCACGGGCGCCGACGGGUGGAAGAGCGGCAACGUCGCGACGACGGGCGACUCGUUCGUCGUGUCGACGCUCGAGGGCCUCACGCUCUACCCGCGCUUCUACCGCAAGCCGGGCCAAGAGUUGACGGAGCUCCUCGACGAGUCGGCGGCGUCGGGCACGGCGGGCAAGCGCGAGUCGGGCGGUGUCGUCGAGCGGAUCAAGUCGAUGCUCCCCUUCUUCGGCGGCUCGAGCGGCAAGGACCUCGUCUCGACGGGCAAGGGCGCCGAGAUCAACGUCUUCACGGUCGCAUCGGGCCUCCUGUACGAGCGCAUGGCGUUCCUCAUGUGCGUCUCGGUCAUGCGGCACACCGAGAGCAGCGUCAAGUUCUGGUUCAUCGAGAACUUCCUGUCGCCGUCGUUCAAGGCGUUCCUGCCGCACGUCGCCGCCGAGUACGGCUUCUCGUACGAGCUCGUCACGUACAAGUGGCCGCACUGGCUGCGCGGCCAGAAGGAGAAGCAGCGCACGAUCUGGGGCUACAAGAUCCUCUUCCUCGACGUCUUGUUCCCUCUCGAGCUCGAGCGCGUCAUCUUUGUCGACUCGGACCAGAUCGUGCGCGCCGACCUCAAGGAGCUCGUCGACCUCGACCUCGACGGUGCGCCGUACGCCUACGCGCCGAUGGGCGACGACCGCGAGGAGAUGGAGGGGUUCCGGUUCUGGAAGACUGGCUACUGGGAAAAGCACCUGCAGGGCCGCCCGUACCACAUCAGCGCCCUCUACGUCGUCGACCUCGACCGCUUCCGUCAGAUCGCUGCAGGCGACCGUCUGCGUCAGCAGUACCAGGCGCUGUCGGCCGACCCCAACUCGCUCGCCAACCUCGACCAGGACCUUCCCAACCAGAGCUGGCGCGACAUCCCGAUCUACACGCUGCCGCAAGAGUGGCUGUGGUGCGAGACGUGGUGCAGCGACGAGAGCCUCGCCAAAGCCAAGACGAUCGACCUGUGCAACAAUCCGGCGACGCACGAGCCCAAGCUGCAGCGUGCGCGCCGCCUCUUGCCCGAGUGGUCCGAGUACGACGACGAGGUGGCCGCGCUCGCCAAGCGCGUCCUCGCCAACGACUCGUCGUCGUCGUCAUCGUCGGCCGCGGCGUUCCAGGCGCACGCGCACGAGCUCGAGCAGGCGGUGCAGCAGGAGCAGGAGCGCGAGAGCUUUGUCGAGGAGCAGGCGCAGGCGGUUCCGGCGGCGAGCGAGCGCGUCAAGGACGAGCUUUGAGCCUCGUGAUGUCUCUUCUGACUGCAUUUCAUAGAGUUCUGUGCCCUCC